AUGACGAAAACAAAAGAGCCAAACAAGCUUGCCUUAGCAAAGCGUAUAUCCACAUCCUUUGAGGGUGAACAGGAGGCUUUAUGUAUAUCAUUGCUUAUUCGUCAUGGUGUUGAGUUCACAUUACUUAAACCUCGUAAAACACACACCAACAAAGAAACUUCCAAAGACGCCAUUUUUUAUACAAUUUCGCAGAUCCACUUUCCUUCACAAAAUGUGACUGUGGAUUUCCAGGAGAUAAUCGCCAAAAUAGUGAAAGACUCCAACAAAGCAAUCCCUGACUCAAAAAAAGACAAGUCGAAAUAUGAGAAGAGGAACGCAAUUUCAGCGACAAACAAUUUCAUGUCUGAAAUUCUUCUGCGCUUGAACUACACACUCACUUACCGAAAAACACGGGGCACCAGCAUCAUCCUCAAAAUGAACCGGAUCAACUCGAUCGUGGGAAAUGGCAUUAACUUAACUUCAAAAGCCAUUUCAGACAUGGGACGACUCCUCAACUCUUCGUUCAGAGCUGUUUUCAACACUGCUAAUAUUAAACGGGAAAGUCCAAUUAAGUUUGGGAUGGAACACGUCAUGAAAUUCUUUGAAGUGUCAACGCUUCUUCCAACACAAGUCAAAGAGUACAUCACAAACUUCUCACUCAUUGAAGUGAAGGAAGAACAAAACGAAGGUGUUAAUGAGUCCGAGGACAAGAACUCUCAGUCGUCAUCGCCCCUUCACUCGACCAAUGAAGACGACACCCAAAUAAAAAAAGAGGAUGACAUUACCCAAGUCAAUUUAAUGCAAGAGAGCACACUUCCAAUCAAUCAGAGCGACAGUGUUUUUCAAAGUCAGUUAUGCUUCAAUGAAUAUUUGGCCCAAGAACAGUUACAAACAUUACAAUAUGUAUAUGCAUACACUGAUGAAAAUGGGCAACUGGGACAAACGUAUUAUUCGGUUGUCCCAAUAGUAGACGUGAUUCCCACAGUUACGGACAAACUUCCUGGUUUGGAGGCUCUUGGGUUAAAGUAA